AUGGCGAGUCCGACCAUGAAUCAAGUUCUCGGAAUUCCUCGCAUUCCCGUGCAUGGAAAGCCGACCGAUGGCUUCCCGUAUGAGUUCCUGCAGUUCCCUGCUGGAGAUCAACCCGAGACGAUUGAAACGGACGUGGUGAUUGUCGGUAGCGGCUGCGGAGGCGCAGUAACUGCAAAGAACCUGGCCGAGGCCGGUCUUCGAGUGCUCGUAGUUGAAAAGUCAUACUCUUACUCCAGCAAGUCGUUCCCCAUGACGCCGAACGAGGCAUAUGUGAAUAUGUUUGAGAACGCGGGAGCCACUAUUAGUGAGGAUGGAACGAUGGCUGUCCUGGCAGGCUCAACGUGGGGCGGUGGUGGUACGGUCAACUGGUCUGCUGCCCUUCAGACGCAGGCAUAUGUUCGUCAAGAAUGGGCCGAUACUGGCCUGCCCUUCUUCACCUCACUCGAGUUCCAGCGAAGUUUGGACCGUGUCUGUGACCGGAUGGGAGUCAACAUCGAGCAUGUUGAGCACAACCGACAGAACAACGUCAUCUUGGAAGGCGCACGCAAGCUCGGCUAUGCGGCCAAGGCAGUGCCGCAGAAUACCGGCAACAGCGAGCACUAUUGCGGCUACUGCACGCUGGGCUGCCAUUCGGCCGGUAAGAAAGGCCCCACGGAGACAUUCCUCGCCGACGCAGCCAAGGCGGGUGCAGUCUUCAUCGAAGGAUUCAAGGCGGAUAAGGUGAAAUUUGACGGGAAGACCCAAAAUGGGAAGCGGGUUGCGGUCGGUGUGGAAGGUACUUGGACUUCGCGCGAUUCGUAUCUCGGCAUCAGUGGCGAUGGCGCCGUGCAACGCAAGUUGAUCAUCAAGGCGAAGAAGGUGGUGGUCUCGUCGGGUACCUUGCAGAGCCCUCUUUUGCUGCUGCGGAGUGGCAUCAAGAAUUCUCAGAUUGGAAAGAAUUUGCAUUUGCAUCCAGUCAUGGGCGGUGGUGCCGUAUUUGACGACUCUGUUCGCCCGUGGGAAGGUGGCGCGUUGACAACCGUGGUCAACGAGUUCGAGGACCUGGAUGGACACGGUCACGGCGUGAAGAUUGAAGCCGUGUCGAUGAUGCCAUCCGUAUAUAUUCCGGUCUUCCCCUGGCGAGACGGUCUGGACUAUAAGCUCUGGGCUGCGGGCAUGAGUCGCAGCACCAGCUUCAUCACGACCGUGAUGGUGGUCCGGGUCUUCCCCGACCCGGUGGAUGGUCGGCCUCGUAUUGAUUAUACCGUCUCGCCCUUCGAUCGGCGCCAUAUCGUGGAGGGCAUCAUCGCCGCCGCGAAGAUCGCCUAUAUCUCCGGUGCGAAGGAGUUCCACACGACUUAUCGUGAUAUCCCGCCUUUCAUCCGCCCUGACGCAGGCACCAAUGAUGUUGCUCUGCAGAAUUGGAUCGCCGAGCUGCGUCGCAAGUCCCCCUUGAACCCCGAACGGGGCCUGUUCGCCAGUGCGCAUCAGAUGGGAACGUGUCGCAUGGGCAAGACUCCCAAGACUAGCGUGGUGGACCCGGACUGCCAAGUUUGGGGAACAGAUGGCUUGUACGUUGUUGAUGCGUCGGUCUUCCCCAGCGCCAGUGGUGUUAACCCGAUGGUCACCAACAUGGCUAUUGCCGAUUGGGCCAGCCGAAAUGUCGCUCGGGCAUUGGGUAAGCCUCGAAGCGAGCGGAACGGUAUGGCUCGCCUGUGA